GCUCGGCUGUUUUUAAAAAGGCAAGGCAGCUCUCCAGUUGAUCAGUCUGCUCAGGAAACUUCUGGUGGAGAAAGUACUGGAGUCCAAACUGAAGGGGAGAGAAGUUGAGAUUUUGUGCAAAGCCUUGCUCCUGCAGAGGACACAUCGGGAAAAAAAUAGCACAUAUAUUUGUAAUUGCUCAUUUGAACUCUUUUUUGCAGGGUGCACGGCGCAAAGCCUGUAAUUAAUGUUUUUGAAACAGAUAGCAACACUCUGGGAUAAAGACUCUUGGCUUUAGCUUUUAAAAAUCGGAUUAUCUGACUGAGGCAUUGUGCUCAUUAGACCAGUCUACUUUUUUCCCCCUCCUCUUCGCAUUUUGAGGUUUAUGCUAUAACUGAAGAGAACACCAACAAUGUUUCUGAGUUUUUGCCUCUUGGUGACAUUUAUCUUGGGGCUGUCCGGGUGUUUGGGCUCAUACGUGCCGUGUGAGCCUUGUGACCAGAAGGCGCUGUCCAUGUGCCCUCCGGUCCCGGUCGGCUGCCAGCUGGUCAAGGAGCCGGGCUGCGGCUGCUGCCUAACAUGCGCCCUGUCUGAGGGACAGGCGUGCGGCGUUUACACCGGGACGUGCACCCAGGGCCUCCGCUGCCUGCCGAGGAGCGGGGAGGAGAAACCCCUGCACGCCCUUCUCCACGGCAGGGGAGUGUGCACCAACGAGAAAGGAUACAAACCUGCGCACCCGCCCAUAGAUCGCGAGUCUCGGGAACAUGAGGACACCCUAACCACAGAGAUUACGGAGGAGCUGCAGCCAGCUAAAGUGCCACUCCUUCCCAAAGACAUUGUGAACAGUAAAAAAGUCCACGCGUUGCGCAAGGAGCAGAAGAGGAAGCUCGGCAAGCAGCGCUCCAUGGGCACCCCCCUGGACUACUCCCCUCUGCCCAUCGACAAGCAUGAGCCUGAAUUUGGUCCAUGCAGGAGAAAACUGGAUGGGAUCAUUCAGGGAAUGAAGGACACUUCUCGUGUAAUGGCCCUGUCUUUGUACCUUCCCAACUGUGACAGAAAAGGAUUCUUCAAACGCAAGCAGUGCAAGCCAUCUCGUGGCCGCAAACGAGGCAUCUGCUGGUGUGUAGACAAGUACGGCAUCCAGCUCCCUGGCACAGACUACAGCGGAGGGGACAUUCAAUGUAAAGACCUGGAGAGCAGCAACAACAAUGAGUGACAAGGGGAGGACCACCCUUGACCCCACAACCCCCCACCCCUAACCACCACGUGACCCAGGGCCCACGCCUCCUCUCUGAAUCACAUCUGUAUGCUCCGCCCUCCAUUCACUUCAAGAUGUUUUUUUUGUUUUUUUUCAAAAUGAAAAAAAGGAAGAAAAAAAAUCCAAACGAAAGAACAGGCUGAAAAAAGACACCUGUAUUUUUUUUCUUUUCUUUUCUGUUGUUGACCAAGCACUCAUCCCGAAUGAGGGGAAAAGUCCCAGAAGAUUUACUAGAUCCCUUGACUAUUGCUCAUGGGACCCCUUGUACGAGGCGGGUCCCCUGGCUACAGAUCCAUGAAAAUAUAUGCACAUAAUGGAUAUAUUUUUUAUAAAAGCUGGGUUUCAAUACAACACUUUGUAUGAUGUAAAAUUAACACAAAAUCAUUGUGAAGAAAAAAAAAGUAUCCGGCACAUUUGAUUGAAAACAGAUCAGUUUUCGGCUGUGGAACAUGAUGCCACUGUGGAACUGACGAUUGGCAGAGUAAUUUGGUUUUUCUUGUCUGUUUUCCAAAAGAAAAAAAAAGAAACAAUAGAUAGGGAUAUGCUGUAACAGUUGACUCUAUCUGGGUAUGUGGUUCUGUCAGAGCACUUAUGAAUAGGGGAACCUGCUUAGAUAUGUGUAACUUCACAAAAUGAUGUGUGCAUGAAUGCGUGUAUGUGUACAGUGAGUGUGUGUGGUAUGUAUCCGCCUGUGUUGAUGUAUGAUGGAGUGAGCCUAUUACAAAAAGAAUGUCCUUUUUUUUUCUUUCUCUUUUGUUUGAUUUUGUCACAACAAGUGUUGCUAGCGCUUGAAGUGGUCUUGGGGCUGGCCUUCUCUAUAACCGAUGUAAAGUAUGUCACGGACACGGAGCGUUUGGAAACAAAUGAGUACGCAGAUCAUCACAGAUGAACCUAUGUAAGUGGCUCUUCGACAAUGUAGCUAGCCUGAUAUGCCAACUGUGCCUAUUUAAACAGACACUGCCAUGCAGGGCGACACAGAGCUUAGAGAGCGCUGACUCUAUCGGUGAAAUAAAGAUACGUGUUUUCAGCUCAAGUGAUGGGACUCAAGUUUGACUUUGAUCUUUCGAGUUGAGUGCAUAAUCAAACUUGCCAGUCGGGCCAGUUGCUUCUCUGAUUCAGUUGUGUGAAGUGUAGUUUUGUAUGGUUUUGUUUGUGCUGUUUUCUUUGCCUUCAGUGAAGUAAAGACCGCCCACUUUUGA